GCAGACUCCAACGCGCGCUGGUAGCUUGCUGGGACUACCGUCCCAUCCAGUGUCUCUUCCGAUGACAUUCACAUUAAGCAACGUUAUGGCACAUUCCUCCUAAAAAUACGGUAAACCAGUGCAGACUAGGCGCGGAAGGAUGGUCGGUGGGAUGUCGCCGCUCAGUUCGAGGUUGAGAUCGGCAUUGAAGGUAUAGAAGUGGGCAACGAUUAUUUUUCAGAGGACACAAGACGUGCGCAAGUUGGUAUUACUCUGGGGACCUGGAAACCAUCAGCGUUUCGUUUAACACAAUCAAAGGCGAUCCCGAUGUAAUUUAUGUUUAUGAUUCCUAUCAUCCAGAGGCGCCGAAAGAACAGCUCUAAAACACCGCAAAAUGUUGUCCUGUCUGACUUCCGAUACCGGAAAAAAACUGCGAUAACUAUUCUUUUGCUUGCCUUUCCGCCAACCGAACACAUCAACGACCCAACUCGAUCCUGACGCCGGCUCCUACGCCCUCUUCACAAAUACAUGUGAGCGAGCUGCCGAUGCUCUUCGAUGUCGAUCUUUGGAGGAAGCUACUAGAUGAUCUGACCGUCUCCCUGGCAAAAUCGAGAAGUAGACGCAUACGAGCAAAAUUUACUCUGGUACCGGCGGCAUUCAACCUGAAGCGGCAAUGGAAAGAUGCAAGUGUUGGUGUUUGUAUAAUUGGAUGCUUGUGCAUCGCAAAACCGAAAUACUGAAAUACAGCUUUCGUACUGGGAACAUCAUCAGAACUCUCACUUCUCUGGGCGUAGUAAGUUCAUCCCUCCUCUAGCCCAACGAGCCCCUUUCAAUCAUGCCGGAAACCCAAACCUUUGGGGAUAUAAUCUCCGACGGUAUUCAGGAUGUGGCCGCGUUACUUCCUCUUCUAGGCACGGAGCAAUGUGAACGACAUGUAGGGACGGCUCUUGACAAGGGCUUUCUAUAUGCUGCGGCUACUCCUCUUUCAGUGUUCGGAAGUCUGGGAAUAGUAAAAGCUGCUUUUGCUACGCUUUUGGCGACUAUUACAAGACCUUUUUAUGGGGGCAAUUGGCUAGACGACGCUGGCUUUAUUACUCAUGGAUCGGUUUCGUCAAUGGUCGUCAUUGCCAAAGGCACGAAAAAGUAUGGAGCAGAGGUCAAAUUGGAGAAGCUGCUGCAAGAACAGCAUAUUGAUGACCCAAAACUCGUAGCUGACAUUGAAUGGUCCGGAUGGCGGAGGGGGAAGGAAAAGUCUACCAACUUCCUCUUCUCUUGGAACUUUCUACUCACCUUUACCUGUGCACUGAGCUCAGCCAUCAGCAUCACGCCUUAUCUCUAUCUGAUUCAUAAGCAUUGGGACGACCCUUUAUUGUGGAUUUACCCCAUGUUACGUUCAUGUGGCUCCUUCUUCUGCGUAGUUUCGGUACAAUUUGCACUUCAGCUCCGCAUACAUCAUAUCACCAAAUCCACUCUACUACUGAUGCAGGUAACACAGCAAUACCUUCCAUCUGAAGAGCAAGCUGCGAUAGACUACCGGGACACCGUCAUGGAGGAAUGUCUCUGCAAGCUUGUCCUUGAGCUAGACAAGAAGCUUUCAUACGACCCGGAGAAAACUCUCACUCCACAAGAAAAGGAACAGAUGAGAAAGGACCGGGCUGUUUUGGUUGGACGGCUGCCACUAGAUUGGAGGCUCCAAUUCCUCCAGUUCCUGCUGGUUUUCGGAAUGAGUAUGGUAGUCACGGGCUAUAUUGGCUGCUUCAACCUCGUCAGGUCAUCUGAUGCAAAAUAUGGCCCAUAUGUUUGGACCGGGAUGGAAAUACUUCUGUCUCUUCUUCGCAUGUUUCUAUGGGGUUUGAACCCAUCCUGGGACGACAGUAGGACCGGGAUGACAAUGCGACUUGAGCUGCAACCCAAAACCGGCAGUUCUCCUAUUCCAUUUCUUUCCAAAUCGACGACGUGCACGAUAAAUGGGCUGCCUCCCCUUCGGCAACUACCCACGACUCAGUCUGACCUUAGCAGCCCGAGUUAUGAUUCAGAACCACUUACCGACUUCCUCUUUCCACUCAUAUCAACUCCACAUCACUUGACAAGACUGACCUCAGCAUCAGGGCACGAGGAUCCUGUGAGGAGAUGGGGGAAGGGCCAGAGGGAAACAUUUAUUGUCGAGAGUGCAGCGGAAUUCCUUACUCAUGCCUCUUCAUAUGUGGGGCCUCUCUGUCGGCUCAGUAUCGAGAACAUUUCCUUGUACUACGGAAUAAUCCCAGGCCAUGGGCCGGACGCAAGUAUUAGGAAACUCCUGUGCACAACAAUUCUCCCCAGGUCCACAGUCUCACCGUUGUCGAUCUUCAUGGAUGGGAAUGUAAGACCGUCUGCGAUUCAUUCCUCUUCCUGUGGUGACCUGCCUGGUACGAAAGCUGUCCAAGUCACCCUCCAAAGCGAAUUCGAUGAUUCUGAUACUCAUCCGCUUGUGGAUACCAGGACCUUCAAUCGCAUCGUAAAGCAUUCUUACGAUCUCUUCAACCGCUUGUUCAAUGACACCUGUCCUACGCUGGACUUGUCCUGGACAGUGUCGAUCCCAUCGGGGCGUCGUCCUGAAAUCCAUCCAGACUUUCAGGCCCCUCGUUGCCAAACUCAGAUCCCAUUGACAGCGUUUGACAAGGACUAUAUUCAAUUGAGCCAGAUGUGUGAAUUCAAGGGCGAGCAUUCCUUCUACCGGGGAAUUAUGACCGUCCCCGUGCUCACAUCUGAUUCGGAGGCUGCUGGUUCAUCAUCUGCGGCCGAUAAUAUUCAGCUAGUUCAAUAUGCAGCGAUGUUCGAAAGUGCCAUCCUCGAAGUGCAACUGUGUUGUAAGGUGCACGAAUUUGCACGAUCUCGAGGCUUGUCUCGAGUCAUGUCUCGCCAUCUGAUAUUCGAGUGGACCCGGAGGAUGGAAAAUCGAAUACUAGGGGAGAAACGCGUAUUUGAAAGACGCGCAAUGGGCUUAUCAACUGGAUCUACCAGUGGUCAUCCUUAUGGGGAGAUGUGGGAUUCGCUAGCUUCAGUGCUACGUGUGCUACCGUUCAAGGGGCCGAUGGUGGAGAAGUGGAACGAGCACAUCCACGAUUUUAUCAACGUAGAGGAGGGCCCUGACAUUCAAGAGUUAUUUAUACUGAAACCAUUCACGGAUAUGGAUCACCUGCGAAACACCUUGUUGCGUGUGUUCGUUGAGCCAGAUACCAACAACUUCACAGAGGAUUAUCGUAGCAUGGUGACUUUUGUCCGUUCAUCUCUCCUCCGUCUCAAUAAUUUCCAAUCUUCUGAGUUGUUCAAGCCCGUUGAUUUGUGUGGACCCGACUCUGCCAAUUUUUUGCCGCCCAACAUGACAAUCCGCAAAGACACACAUGGCAUCUCGAAAGCAUUCGCUGAUCAAAUUCACACUGUUCAUACUCUUCAAAUUUCUGGUCUCCGCAUGCAGGGUGUCCUCCACCUCCUGCAUAUCCUCAGCGAUUCACACUUGGAAUCACUCACGACACUCACGACUUUGAGUUUCAGUCAUAUUCGCGAUCUUUUUGUCCGUGAUGUCAACGAAACCGUCGUUCGUUUGAUAUCGUCCAUUCUCGCGAAACACAAUAUCCUAUGCCUCGUUUUUGACAGAUGUCGAUCUCUUCCUAGGAUGGUCCUCGAGUCAUUACAAGAAACUAUUCAGGUCAAUCGCAGGGAGUGGAUGAGGCGUGCGCAAGACGAUGGCGAGAUCAAGUAUCAGUAUGGGCUGCAAUACCAUCUUCCCGUUUCAUCCCGCGAGUCAAAGCAUGGACCGCACCCCCUAUUUCCCGAUGAUCCUCAUCCAGUGUUUGAAGUCCAUCAACAUGACAUUAUCUUAUCGGAUUACGGGGAGGUCUUCGUGAUGAUAUACAUCCCAAGUCGUGGAAAAAUCAUCCCUACCUUCACGUUGCAGCCGAUCUAUCGGGACAUUGAGAUUACUGUUCAACUUACGUGUGCGGAUGUGCAGAAUAUCAAUCCAGAUGAUAGAAACGCUGAACAAAUCCAAGUCAGCAGUAGCGUUUCGAUGUCAAAUGGCGAAUGGCAAUCGCUCCGAGUGGACGAGUUCCCCGAUGUUGCUGAAGGUUGUUAUGAACUUCGGUUUACGGCUCGUGGUGGGCAGUAUUUUUUCAAGGAGUUCAAGAUGGAACUCAUACCAGGUCCAAGAGUGGGGAAGCAGGUAAGCGUUACAAGAAAUGUCCCGCGAUCGACGGUCGAACCGGACUCCAGUUCGUCGUCAAACCUGAGAAUCGAGAAUGUGGGGGGGCGGAAGAGAGGGAGGUCGAAGGUUUGAUUUAUGAACUCCACUCAGUAAAUAAUCAUUAUGAAGUAUCUAUUCAACCAUUUUAU